UGAAAUUGUUUUAAUGUAUUCUGGUGACGGUGAAGAUCGUCCAACGUUAGAGCCUGUUAUCUUUGAAAUUGAAAUUGAUACAGCUGUAUUCCCAUUUGCUAGCCUUAAAACUGUGAGCUAUUUUAAAGCUGAAAAUGAAGUUCUUUUUACAAUUGUUAGUGUGUUUCGUAUUAAAGAGGUUCUACCACAAACAAACACUAUUUGGUUAGUUCAAUUAGUUACGGAUAAACGAGAAAAUCAAGAUAUUGAACAAUUGUCAAAACAUUUGAAAAAAGAGAUUAGUGAUAAACCAUCAUUACUGGAUCUAGAACGCGUUUUAUUUGAUACUGCAGAAUGUGACCGAGCCGAACAUUAUUGUACAAUUUUAGAUGAACAACUUCCGUUAGAUGAUUUUUAG